GAUUUCCACAUUAUCCUCUCUCCCUCUCUCUCAAUUUCUGGAAAUUCGUACGUUCAAACCCUUUCAAGCGAAAGCUCGAAUUGCAAUCCGUUGCAUGGCAUUGGUCGAUCGUGAUCGAGAAUUCAGGAGCUAAGAAUGUCAGAGACUACGAUGAUGACAGCAGAAGCAGAUUCGGCGGAGUCUCUACCGUCUUCCCGCGUCGGUAGCACUGCCUCCGAUGGUGUCAUCGACACCACGCCUUUCCUACUAUCCGGCGAAUCCAGAUCGGAAAACGCAGAUGAAAAUUCUGGAGAUAGCCGGAGGUCCAGUAGACGGCAGGGCCUGAGGGAGGCGGCGAGAUUCCUCCGUCACGCCGGGAGCCGGCGAAUGAUGCGUGAGCCUUCGAUGCUGGUGAGGGAGACCGCGGCGGAGCAGCUGGAGGAGAGGCAGAGUGACUGGGCGUACUCGAAACCCGUUGUGGUCCUUGACAUUGUUUGGAAUGUGGCGUUUGUGGCCGUCGCCGUGGCUGCCCUGGUUCUCAGCCGCAACGAGCGGCCAAACAUGCCGCUGAGGGUUUGGGUGGUGGGUUACGCUCUCCAGUGCUUGCUUCACAUGGCGUGCGUGUGUGUGGAGUACAGGAGGAGGAGGCGGAGCGGGAGAGGGACGCCCCACCGAUCGUCUUCAUCUUCUUCCUAUUCUUCCUUGGACGAUGGUAAUCAGGGUUUGACGAAUUCAUCGCAGCAGUACGUUUCACUUGCGCAAUUGGAGGAGGGUGGCAACACCAGUUCUGCAAAGCAUCUAGAAUCAGCCAACACAAUGUUCUCAUUCGUCUGGUGGAUAAUUGGAUUCUACUGGGUAUCUGCAGGCGGCCAAACACUAGCACACGACUCUCCUCAGCUCUAUUGGCUAUGUAUCAUUUUUCUCGGUUUCGACGUCUUCUUUGUUGUUUUCUGUGUGGCACUGGCUUUUGUGAUUGGCCUUGCUGUUUGCUGCUGUCUUCCAUGUAUAAUUGCAAUUCUAUAUGCUGUGGCUGACCAGCAGGAGGGAGCAUCAAAGGAUGACAUAGAGCAACUCCCAAAAUUCAUAUUUAGAAGCAUUGGUGAUGAUGAGAAGUCCUCAGGCGACGCACAAAGAUCUACUGCCAGAGGAAUAAUGACAGAAAACGGGACAGAUUCCCCUAUUGAACAUGCACUCUCUGCAGAAGAUGCGGAAUGCUGCAUUUGUCUAUGCGACUACGAGGACGGAGUGGAGCUGAGAGAACUGCCGUGCGGCCACCAUUUCCACUGUGCCUGCAUCGACAAAUGGCUUCACAUAAACUCACACUGCCCUCUCUGCAAGUUUAACAUCCUCAAGAACACCAACGACGUCUAAUUCCGACAACAAGCUCCUCUCCAGGUAUAUAUAUGUAUGUAUGUAUGUAUGUGUGCGUGUAUAUAUGCAUAUACCUCUGGUGUGCGUUUGUGUCUGUUAGUGAUGAGAAUGAAUAUGCAUAUACGCUUCAGCGGAGAGAAUGAACUCAAAACUGUUGUCUUACGUUCUGAUUCUCUGAUGUGUUUCAUCUUCUUCUU